AUGGGCGACGAAAGCGUGUUGCAAACCCAGAAAUUUCCGCUGCUGAGUUUUUACAAGGAAGGGGAGGCUAAGACAUGUGUGUUUUGGGAUUUGAAUGAUUAUCCAAUUCCUAGUGGUGUCAAUCCUGGUUCCAUGUGUGAGAAGAUUAAAGAUGCUAUUUGGGAGCAGGGUAUUGAUGGGGAUGUGUCAAUUCACGCUUAUGUUGAUGUCUCGGAACGUGAAUAUGGGGAUGCUGGAUUCCAACUGGAAGUUUUUCCCGAAUGUGAAGGGGGUAAACAUACAAGACAUUCCGCCAUGCUUGCUGACAUGGCGAUAUGGGCAGUGAUUAAUCCCAAACCAUGUAAUGUUUUUAUACUCGCAAAGGUAACGGACGACUUCUUGGCUACACAUCUUAGAUCUUGUUGUACCAGAAUUUACGGACAAGGGAGGGCUCCUGCUCAAAGUGGUUCUACGUUUCUGACUUGCAUCUUCGACUUCGCUCUACGAAGACGACGAAGACGACCAAGACGAUCAGUGUCACGCCGGUGA